AUCGACCCAACAAUGACACCCAAGCCCCUCGACAUUGAUCCCCAUCCGGAGGCCAAAAGUCGGCCAGGAUCCGGCACCACUAUCAACACUCUCUCUCCUUCCAGUGCCUCGCUGCCUUGCAAGCUUUCGGAGGCUGAAAUGAAACGUCUUGUGAACAAGAAGGUGUGUUUUUAA